GUGAGUGUUUCUGAGACAGGGGUCGAGAAGACAGAAGCAAGCCUGGCAAAUCCGUGCAUCAGGCUGGCAGAAUGCCUUCCUCUGCAGCUCUGCAUUGAGCAGUUAAGGCUGGAGGAUUUGAAGAAACAGUGGCGGCAGCAACGGUGUAUUCGGCUCAGCCCGUUCGAUCUCACGGAGCUGCGUGGGCUUCGAGACGAGCUUGUGGCUGACUUGCGAGGACUGCAGCCUAUUGAGACCUCGCACACGCAAGCACUCGUCCUCCCGCUAGAGGAUGGACGUAGCGAGGGUGCUUCCGCAGUGGAUCGGCUGGAAGUGACUUUCAGAGCAGAGCAAUUUAAAAGUUUGGUUCAAAAGAUCACUGGUUGCAAGCCUUUGACCAGGCAACGGUGUGCCCUGGUGGCAGUACCUCCUGGGGGGCAUGUGCUACCACAAUGUUUUGCUGGCGAGCAUGACUGUGGUGAAGUGGCAUUUGCCUUGUUUCUGACAGAGGACUGGUGGAGCGAAAAGGAUGGUGGGCAGUUCGAGGUGUAUCCAGAGGAGGGCAAACCUGGAAAAGUUUAUUGUCCAGAGCCAGGUCUUCUUCUUUAUGCUGCUGGGGCAGGUGCUGGGAUCACACGGGUUCUCACUGAAGAUGCUCCGCAGCUGGCGGUCCACGGAAUCUUUGGGUCCAAGGAACGUCAAGAAGAGGCUGAGAUUGUUAAGGCGCAAGAGGCUCCGUUUAGGAUCUGUUCGGCUGAAGCGCGCGGCAAGGGCCACCGGGCCUUGGACAACUGGGUCUCCGAGAAGUUUCUGGGAGCUGACGCUGAGGGUGAUUUGCGGGCACAGUUUGAGGAGGCGAGCCACAUGAAACUACAAGGGUUCCUCAACCAGCCUUUCGCCCAGCGAAUCGCGGCUGCGAUUGACACGGCCUCCGCUGCUGCAACGCUGAAAGGCUGGCAGGAGAGCGGCCCCAUUCAAGUUCAACGCUUUCUGGCUUGGAACCAGCAGCAUGAUGACGGCGCCCAGACGUGUCCUGUAGGCAAAGCUUUGGAGGACGUGGCCAACUGCAUGGCCUCAAGUGGCUUCUUGCGUUAUCUGGAAGCCAUCACAGGCGUGACUCAAGCAUCUGCGGCGACUCUGCGGGUCCGUCGCUUCCGGCCCGGACUCGACUUUCAGCGGCCAGCAAACUCUGCCCAGUGUCAGCUGGACGUCAUCCUUUGCUUCGAGGCUGCCACCCCUUCGCUGCGUCGUCCCAAGCGUCGCUUCCGUGCACAGCUCCAGGCCCUGGGUGGGGCCGAUGGCUACGUCGAAGGUACCGAAGCCUAUAAGCGGACAGCGGAAGCUGCGGGAAUCCUGGCUGGACCAGCUGGCAUUCCAGCUCCACUGCCUGCUUUGCUUCGGCUGCCUCUGCGGAACAAUGUCCUGCGGCUGGUGCUCAGGGAUCCUAGGACGUCGCACUAUGUGGAGCCCCUGCAGUUUGCUGCGCCGACAAGCCGAUGGGACAUCUGCCUCACGCUGCCUGUGGAAGAGCUUCCUGACAGCGGAGAGGAAGAAGAAGAGGCAAACGGUUCAAAGCUUGGAGGGAAGCGAGCCAAGGAGCAGCCAAGUGAGGCAAGAACUGCUCCCAAGCGGCGCCGCAAGAAGAAGAAC